CUCGUGAUCAAUUCUGCUCUUAAGAUCCCCUAAAGAACCCUACCCAAAAAAAGAAACAGCUCUCUCCUCUUGAUCGGUUCUGCUCUAAUAUCCCCUAUACCCCUCAAAAAAUUGUGAAUCAAAUUGCUUGGCGAAAAAUCCUAUCUUUGUUUUUUAAAUUUGUCCCAAUUGUUGGUUCCGAUUUUUCCAUCAGUGAGGAUGGGCAUAGCAACUGAUAGCAAUUAUGCAACUCCAUUUCUAAAAAGGUUUCCGGCCAGUAGCUCCAGUGAUUUACGUCCCAGUGGGUGGAAAAGGAUAAAAGUUGAUGAACGAAGUGGUUACAAUGACACACCCUUUGCUGCUGGGUGGCGUGGUGAAUCUGACCUGGAAGGCCAAGAAGCCUGCUCAAAAGUGGUGGAUUAUUCAGAUCCAUUCUCAAUAAACAGUAUGCUGAAAGAGUUGGAUUCUGGCAAGUACGGAAGCGUUACUAAGGAUGUUGAGGAUCUUCUUGUGCAGAGGCAGAAUUUAUUAGAUUCUUACUAUGCAAUGGAUCCUACUCUUCCAUUCAAGUGUUUGGUUGUGCAAAAUUACAAGGCUUCAGAAUCACCUGGAGCAACUACAACUGAUGUCAUUAACUUGGAGGAUGAUCCUGAUGGAUGUAAUGUUGUAGUCAAAAUGUUUGCUCCGGCUGCACAUCUAGCUCCUUUGCCUGGACCUGUUGUUAUACUUGAUUCAGAUGAUGAAGAUUUUAAGGAUGAGAAGCCGUUAUGUCCCUUCCGGGAAGUUGAGUUGAAGAAGCCCCCUGGCCACCUUCUUAUGAAGGACUUUUUGGAACAAAAUUUUGCUCAGAGCCGAAAUCUAACAGAAAAAGAUGCGCGUCUUGCUGGUGAAACUGAACUGGUAAAAGAUAAAGGUGUAUAUGUUGGCACAGAGGACGACAUGGAAGUGGACGAAGAAGAUGAACAACCUGACAAUAAUUAUGAUGGUCUGGAUGACAUUUGGAAGGAGAUGUCUGUCGCGUUAGAGUGUUCAAAGGAUACGGGUGCAGAUCCUCCACCCGACGAACCUGAAGCUGAGGGUGGAGAAGAUUGUGAACAUUCAUAUAUACUGAAAGAUGAUAUCGGUGAAGUAUGUCGCAUUUGUGGAGUUAUUGGGAGAGGGAUUGAAACCAUUAUUGAGUACAAUUUCUCCAAGGUCACCAGAAGUACUAGAACUUACAGAUAUGAUGGGCGGACUUCCAAAGACAAUGAUCAAACAGAAAUACUUCCUGAUGGGUUCACACCAUCCGCUACAGAGUUUACUGUUGCUGAUAUUUACCCACAUCCACGGCACAAGAGGGUGAUGAAGCCCCAUCAAGUUGAGGGCUUUAAUUUCCUUCUCAGUAACCUGGUGACUGAUAAUCCAGGAGGCUGCAUUAUGGCUCAUGCUCCUGGGUCGGGGAAAACCUUCAUGAUUAUCAGUUUUCUUCAGAGUUUCAUGGCCAAAUAUCCGCAUGCAAGACCACUGGUAGUGCUACCGAGGGGAAUUUUAGCAACAUGGAAAAAGGAAUUUCUGAGAUGGCAAGUGGAAGACCUACCUCUGUACGACUUCUACUCAGUGAAAGCAGACAGUCGAUCCCAGCAACUGGAAGUUCUAAAGGAGUGGGCAAGAGAGAGGAGCAUACUCUUUUUGGGUUAUAAGCAGUUUUCUUCUAUAGUGUGUGACAGUGAUACUGGGAAUAUUCCUGCUGCGUGCCAAGAAAUUUUACUGAAAUGUCCUUCCAUUCUGAUCUUGGAUGAAGGACACACUCCAAGAAACCAGGACACUGAUGUUCUGACCUCCCUUGAGAAGGUCCAGACACUGAGAAAGGUGGUGCUCUCUGGUACACUCUACCAGAACCAUGUGAAAGAAGUUUUCAACAUCUUAAAUCUUGUUCGUCCAAGGUUUCUAAAACUGGAGACUUCUAAAAUAAUCAAGAGGAGAAUUCUGAGCAGAGCCGAAAUGUCAAGUAAAAGGAACUCGAUGAAAAAGAUCACAGACAAAGAAUUUUGUGAAUUAAUCGAGCACACUCUCUUGAAGGAUGAAAAUCGUGUGAGAAAAGUAAAUGUCAUACAAGAUCUACGGGAGCUCACCAGAAAAGUAUUGCACUAUUACAAAGGAGACAACCUGGAUGAACUUCCAGGACUUGUUGACUUUGCCGUCUUUCUUCAACUGAGCCCCAGACAAAAGGUUGAAGUUCGAGAGCUGAAAAACUUGGCCAGAAAAUUUAAAAUAAAUGCUGAAGGGAGUGCAAUUUAUGUGCACCCACAGUUGAAGACUCUAUCAAAGAAUUCUGGAGUAAAAGACAGGGUCGACGAGGAGAAAAUUGAUGGAAUUUUGGAGAAAUUGGACGAGAGAGAAGGAGUGAAAGCUAAAUUCUACCUGAAUCUUCUCCAGCUCUGUGAAUCCUGUGGGGAGAAGCUACUUGUUUUCAGCCAAUACCUUCUGCCUCUGAAAUUCUUGGAGAGGUUGACUGUGAAGGUGAAGGGUUAUAGGCUUGGAAAUGAAAUGUUCAUGAUCACGGGUGACUCAGAUUCUGAAACUCGAGAGUCUUCUAUGGAGAGAUUCAACACUUCACCUGAUGCUCGAGUCUUCUUUGGUUCGAUUAAAGCGUGCGGUGAAGGUAUUUCUCUUGUAGGGGCUUCACGAAUAAUUAUAUUGGACAUUCAUUUGAACCCGUCAGUUACCCGCCAAGCCAUAGGACGUGCCUUUCGACCCGGCCAGCUUAAGAAGGUAUAUGCUUAUAGAUUGAUUGCAUCUGGCUCGCCGGAGGAGGAGGACCACAAGACUUGCUUUAGAAAGGAAAGCAUAGCAAAGAUGUGGUUUGAAUGGGACGAGCAUAGCGGUCUACAAAACUUUGAAAUGGAGACUGUGGAUGUGAAAGAAUCUGGAGAUUUGUUUUUGGAAACUCCAAGACUAAGGGAAGACAUAGUUGCUUUAUUCCAGAGGAACGUAUAAAACAUCAGAGAUUAGUUUCAAGCUUGUGCACCCUUCAAUUGCUACAGUUCCUUUGCCUUUUACAGAGAUAUGUUUUCCAUUUCCAAUUCUGACUUUGGAGAUGAAGCUUGUGUCAAGUUUUCUGAAUAGUUCUUGGUCAUAAGUCAUGUGGUUUGUACAGCCACCGUCUAUUAGCCACCUUUCUGUGGAGCUUAAAGUAGCAAAGCAGGAUACUGUAAAUAGCUGAUCUUCCUGAGCAAGGACAAGAUGGAAAGUCCUGAGAGGUUUUGCCGCUGUUAUUAUUGUAGUUGUUUGAGCUUCCUGACUUGUUGUUCUGCUCCUUUUUCUUGUUCUUGCCACCUUAGUUAUUCUGAGAUUUAGCUUGAAAAGCACCUUUCAGAUAACCUUCCUGCCUCAUAAGCCUUCUUUGUUCUUGAGCUUGCAGAGCAUUCAACAAUUCUGCCAGGGUAAUUCUUGACAAAUCUCGAGUUUUCCAAAGAAGUAAUUGUCGCUUCAAAUUUCUCAGGAAUUGUGACAAGAAUUUUUUGAACAAUUCUAGAAUCAGAAAACUCGGUUUAUUGGCAAGACUGAGAAGCUUGUCCGCAUAAUCUUUGAUUGUCUCUUACUCUUUCAUCCAUUGCAUCUCAAAUUCUUGAACCAAAGUUAGCUCUUGCAUUCCUUUGAUCUUUUCACUUCA